AAAACUUCUUCUUACGUUAUGACGUGAUUUUCCGUAAUACGUUGACAUAUGUUCAAGCAAUUACACAUGAGGUAUCUGUCUUCGAACAAAAAGAUAACAAAAUGAGUGAGUCUCCAUCUGGUAUCAGACGAGUGGACCGUCUCACAUCGCAAGUUGAAUUUGAUGCCAUGCCGGAUGUUUGUGGAAAACCUCUACACUUGAGUUCUGAGCCCUUUCCAUAUCCACGUGAAGGAGAAGGAAAAGCUGUGUUACGAGGAAGUGGACUUGUACUUGAGACGAGUGAAGGAAUCUCUGGUGAAAGUCAACAGAUCCCAUCAGGAAGAAAACUGACUUUACCAUCACAAAUUUCACAACCAUUCCUCUCAGACCGAGAUUGUCUUUCAACAUUUCUGGAAAACUACACUUUUCUUCACCGCUACUCCAGUUCUGACCAGCAGAAGUACAUCACAAGUAUAAAAUUAAUCAUGAAACACUUUGAGCGUUUACCGGAUGAAUUGAAAGCAUCCUAUUAUGAUGUAAUGAUUCUUUAUAGUGAACGUGACCAAUCUGAUGCUGAAUCAUACUGCCAGAGUCUUAAUAAUCUGAGUCUUGAAAAUGGAAAGAGGGUGAAGGCAAUUUUAUAUAAUGACCCAAAAUUGGCCAGUGUCAAUAGCAGAAACUUAAAAAAUUUGGAAAUUGCAUUUGAGCGAUGUACUUUCACUUUUGUAUACCUGACUAAACAGUUUUGUCAGUGUGAGUGGUCUCAGAUGGCAAGUGAAGGGUGUCUAAUGGAAGCAAUAUACAACAAGGACAAACGAUGGUGUGUCGUGCCAGUGUAUACAGUGCGGCGUACAAAAGCAGAUUUCCGUAUCCCGAUGGGUCUAAACUCACUAAAGGGGGUUAACUUCUACAACAAUGACGAUUUUUACCGUCGUGGAUUACAGAGUUUGAUAAGUGGUAAAAUCUACAAAAGGGAGGAUCAUGAAGAAGCACUGUUUAUUGAACAGUGCAAAUAUGUAGUACAACUGGAAAAUCAACUAGAAUCAGAGGUGCGAAAGAGACAGCAGAAACUUGAUGAAGCAGAACAUCAGAAGGGGUGGCCUUCUCCAAGCUCAAGUCAAAAAGAAGAGCUAUUAAAGAACUUAGAUUCUCAAGCACAAAAAGAUGCUGAUUCAGUUGUCUUAGAUGCAAGACAAUAUCCUUCUGGAGGGGAAAUGUCUAGAUCAUUGUCAAAAUUUCAGAGUGAAAGCUCUGUGCAUGGUUACCCAUCAAUGAGAGAUUCUCAGAAUCAACAUGGGGACCAACCUGACUUGCCCAUGCCUUACAGCAUCGAUAGUCAAGAGUCUGUGUCAUUGGGCACUAGAGGAAGUGAAAAUGAUGCUAGUUUACAAGGUUUUACUCAUCAUAUGAAUCCAGGCAUGCAUCAAAAGCCAACAAAAAAAUAUUUGCCUGGAAGUGAAAAGUUCGAAGAGGCAACAGGAGAAAAAACUGAAUUGGACAAAGAUGGGAAGGUGAUUGUACAUCACAUUCACACGCACACACACAUUUACAAAGAUAAGGAACAAGAAAAGUCUCCAAAGAAGAAUGUUAUCAAUAUUUAUGGUGCAGAAAAUGUAGUGAUUGGAGACAAAAAUACUGUUGUUGAGGGGGCCACUCCGGCAAGUGCCAUGCCAUCUGAGAAGGACCCAGAGAUGUCAGCAAGCUCCACUAAGACUCCUAGUUGCAAUCCUAAUGAGAGUCCUUCCUUGUCUAGUCGACAGUCUAUGGAGGGUCCUAGUCGACAGUUUAUAGAUGGUCACCCAUCAUCGUUUCAGUCAUCAGACAAUCAUGAUACAAUGACCAAGAAAACGCUUUGUUCUACAAGUGAUGAGUCCAAUAUUGAAGAUAAUCAGAUGGAGACUGAUGUAAAGAAUGAAUCAGAGACUUCCAACAAACAUUUAAGUUUACCAGCCAGUAAAACAUAUUACAACACAACUACAACAGCCUCUUCAAGUUUGCCUUCAACAAAUGUGGCUUCAUCAGUUCAGUCAAAUAUCUUACCGAUGGUUGCAUCAAUGAAUGUGAAUAUUUCAUCAACAAGUAUGACUUCAAAUGUUUCAUCCACAAGUGUGCCAUUAAAUAUUCCAUCAACUGCAACUGUAACUGCAAAUAUUUCAUCGACAAAAGAAAAUAUAUCUACAUGUCAACCACAAACACAAAGUAUGAAAAGUAUGGAAAAUAUUCCGAAUGCAACUGUAUCUAUGUCCGCUGUUUCAUCUACAAACAGAAUUCCUGAACAUACUGAACCAGUUACAUCUGAAACCAAUACUCCUGACGCCCCAAGUAUUAGAACAGGCUCUGUGACAUCAUCCAGUGCACAAAACAUUUUAACAGUGCCGAAAAGAAACCACCCGCACAUAAAUCUGCCUAAAAGGCCAAUCAUUUUUUCGGAGAGUAGAGCAAAGCCGCAAGCUAUGGCAAAGGUUAUGCCAUUACAGAAUCAACAGACAAGUAGUUCUGUUGAUGAUGAAUUCAGGAACAACUUUGGAAGUGAAUCAGAUGAUUGCAGUAAUAUAAAUCAGACAGAGCUGAAAGAGGUAUAUCAAAGUGAAAAUACUUCUGUAAAGACACCUGCAGCAACUGAAACAAGAGAUCAAGAUGAAACCGAAGAGAAACAAGUAGCUAAUGUUCUUCCAGUAAGUCGGACAGACUUAGAGCCUGACUGUAGUUACAAUAGUGAAACUUCUCCGAAAAUCUACAAUCAUGGAGGCUUGACAAAUGUUGAUCAAGAUGACCAGGCAGUGUCCAGAGUUUUGGAAAUGGGAUUUCCAGAAAAAGACAUAAAAGCAGCACUGAUGUCUCUUCAGAGCCGCGCCCCAGGUCGCAGACACUUUAGUGUUCCAAAUCUUCUUGAUGAGAUGGAUAAAUUGCAGGAGAUGGCUGAGCCUAAAUCAAGCCGUGCCAACGACUUAGACACUGAUGGUCCAACUGAUGCUGGUUUUGUGCUACUUAAUGAAACAUCUUCAAGGCAAGACAGACAUGUUGGGCCUCAAGGAAGAAAUUUGCCAGCAGACUUUGCUCCAAGGCACAAUAGAGGAAGUCCCAACCCUGAAGAGUCUCCUCGUUCUAAUGUUUCUUCACCAAAUACAGGAUCUCCAUCCUCCAAGGAAAAGUGCAGAAUUUCAUGAGGAUGUUUGCAACUUUUUGUUUAAUAAUGUUAUAAAUGAUGUGUCUCAAUGUCUUUACUAAUCAAAGGUAGACUAUCUACCACGUAUCUGUUCCUUUCAAAGGAGUACUGUACACAGUGUGAUGAGAAUAAAGAUUUGAUAUAGAAAAGCAACAAUAUGUAACCAUUGGAGCGGUGUUGAAGUUCAUGGAAUGAUAAGGGAAACUUUGGGCCAGAAGGUUACAGGAAGACAACUACAAUAUCAGAAACAGACUGAAAUCAGAGAUAUGUAUCAUGUUGACAUUUUAUGGAAAAUGAUCCUUUUAAACAGAAGGAAAAUAGAAACAAAUUUUCCCAAAAUGAGGCAAAUUGGAGAAAACUAAGUUUCCCUGCAAGAAAUUAACGAUUUGUUUUAUAAAAAGAUACAAGAGAGUUGAAGAUGAGUUUGCCAACAAAAUGUGUUUACCGAGACAUGUUUUCCUGCUUUUCAUGUGAUUGAGAUACCUUGUCAUUGAUGUGACGAGAAAAAGUGCCAUUAUGUUUAGUUGGAUGCUACAUGUAUAUGACAGAUUGUGCUGAUUAAAGGAUAUUACCAUGUUCAUUUAUAGAAACUUAAAUGUAAACUCUAUACAUUUUGAAAUAUUACAUGUAUUUCUGAACAAUUGCUCUGCUGCAUGGUUGAGUGCUAAAACAGCUAAGUGUUUAAAUGGCAACAUGGCUCACUUUGGUAGAACACUGCAUGGAUGUUCUCUUCUUUUGUCCUAGACGUGUAGUUUAAUAGUGUUGACAAGAUGUUUUGUAAAACUGUUAUUGAUAUGAAAAUCAGAAAGAGAAGAGGAACAUCUCCUGAAGCCCAGGAGUAUACUCUGUAUUCUCCUAAGCUGCUUGCUCCUCCUGAAGUUGAAAAGCAUACUCUACUUUCUGUUGGUCUCUAGUUGUGCCUGUUUGAUUUUGGUACUGACCAGAAAAAACAAAAUGACCCAAAAGCGGACAUGUUGGAUUUUGACUAGAUCUUUUAUUGUCAUUGCAAUAAGGCUGUAGAACUCCAUUAUGUCUGUAUAUUUCAUGUUCUGAUAUGUGGAUAGCUACACCUAAGUUGGAAUGUUUACAAUCUCUGCUUAAAAGAAUCAGAUUAAAUUGAAUUUGUUUUCAUUGCUUUACGUAAACCAAGGAAAUAAAAUGCAAUGUAAUAGAAAGUAGAUGAAAGAACUAUUUAUAGAGUUCUGAAGUGACCUUGUUCUAGGUUUAUGAACUGAAUAUAGAAGUUGGUGAAGUAGAAUCCUAUAGAUGGUCACAUCAACUACAACCGCUAUACAUCGAAAAGGCAUUGUCUAGAUAAAUGUAUAAAAACUUUUAAAAAGUUAAUGAAGAAAUUAUUCCAUAAAUGAUUGAAAUACAAAUAUUGCUGUCUUUUUAGCCUGCCAUCUGAGGAUGGUCACUCAAGUGGCUGACAGGCAGCCACCAUGGAUUUUGACAAUGAAAGUUUGCAACUACUAUGUCUUAGGAAGUAAUGGAUGAAUCUUUCUCAAUUUUCUGAUGGUCCGUUGUUGUGACCAUUUGAUUUGGGAAUAGAUGAGAAAAACAAAAUUGCCAGUGGGUGACCAUCUUGGAUUUUGCUGAUAAUAAAGUUUAUUAUACCUAUUUCUGAAGAGGAAUUAAAUUUUUUUUUACGUAAUUAAAGAGGAAAGAAAAAUAAAAUAAGGGAAAAGUUUCUACUUUUAAUGAACAUACAAUAUAAAAAUCAUACAAUGAUGGGUGCUGAGAUCCUACUGGGAUAUAUUUUUGCAUAAUGAAGACAACAAAUCAAAGGGGUAGUGAAAACCAUGAUUUCACUGGGAAAUUUUACUGAAAAGGGGAAAUAUUCUAAAACAUGGAAAGACAGAAAUUCAGAAAAGUGAAAUGUAGUUGUACUCAUUUUAAACUUGUUUAAGACCACAGAGAAAAAAAUAACUAAUUUCAUCAUGUUGAAAUUAAUUUAGUUUAUUACAUUUACCUAUCACCUCAUUUUUAUAUAUACCUGGUAGCUUAUUUAAUGGAUCUGUACACAGCACAUCCUGUGAUAUAUCUGUCCACCACUGUUUGCAUUGCCCCCAAACCGAAGAUGACAUAUUUUUAUUUGUAGAGCCACAAACACUUAUUCCCGACGAAAUACAUAUUAAUUUGGUCCGUUCCUGUGUGUCUGUCCGAGGCCUUUUUCAGGUUAAUAACUUUAAAACCGUUCAACUCCCCCUUCACAAAAAUGGCUGUAUAUAUUAAGUUAGUCUACAAUGACAACAUUUCCUUUUUCAGUUUUUCUGUUACUAGGGAAACAUAGCCAAAAACACAAAAUUAGUGUUCAUUUUCCUUUACUUUUGUUCACAUCAGGGUGGUUAAAAAACUACAAGCAGUCUGGACUGAUGUGAGGAGAGAAUUUUAUUUAAAUAUUAUACCUUUGUAACCAGAACAGCUUCAAGUAAAUGUCUUACUGUAGAUAUUGUUUGUGAUGCAACCAGAAUUGUUCUUUGUGUUAUCUGUAAAACUGCCUACAUUUCACUUUGCAACACCAUCAUGUAAGAACAUCACUACAACCUAUUUAUAAGCUUGUAUUCACAGAAUUCCAAAAUUGUGUUUGCCUUCAUUUCCAUCAUUAGUAAGUACAACUGAUGUUUUUAAAUGUAGAUAUUCCCAAUUAUGCUGAAGUGCUUUAAUAUGAUAUUUACUGUACGUAUUAGAUUUGACCUUCACCCUUUAUAUAUGUACAUGUAUGUGAUAUCUUAUUCUUUUUGUAAGGUUUACAACAAAGAUUUCUUGAUAAUUUAUCAGUGUGAAAAAUAUUAUUACACAUUAGUGUGGUUGGACUGUUAGAACAGGAAGUGUUCUCUUGUUUGCUAAAUGCACCAUGUGUAGCAAUAGUAAAUUUGAAAAAGAAAAAAAAUGUGCUGCAAUUUUAGAUAAAUGUGCUUUCUGCAGAGAAUAGGGAACGGAAGUGUCAUUUACUUUAAUUUUUCUAGUACUCACAUGGUUACACAGAAUGUUUUUACAACAAAACCAAGAGCAGUUUAAUGUGCUUUAAUUGGAUAGCAUUAAUUUGCUUGUCAGCACUGACAAAUUGUAUGAGAGAUUCUUAUUAAUCAAGUGUGUUACAGUUUGGAAAAAAUAUACAAUGCAUGUUAAUACUACUUUUUCAUGCACAUAUUUACUAACUUUAAUGUCUAUAAGUUAAUUAAUGUUUGAUUAUGUUUUAAUUUCCUAUUAGAUAUUUGUGUCCGAAUAGAAAAUAUGUGUCAUCUAUAGUAUAAAUAUGCAAAUGUUUACCUUGUCUGUAGAGAAAAAAAUGCUAAACAAAAUAAGAACUUUACAAAUUGUUUUAAUCAUUGAUACUGAUGCUUUCUCUUUUUUCCUCACUUUGAAUUCUAGAAUAUGGUCAGAAUGAAAUGCCUAGAAGGCAUGGUCUAUGGUUGCCAUAGCUUUGGUAAUGCUUAUUUUUUUCUUUGUAUUUAUUGAAAUACCUUGUGAGAAAUGAUUUUUUUUUUACUGAUACUUACGAUGCUGCUUUUUAAUAGUCCAUAUGAUUGAUUUGUGUUGAUAUAACUUAAAAUCUACUGCAACUCUCAUCAAUUAUUUACAUUUUUAAGCCUGGUAAAUAUUAGCCACAAUAUACUGCUGGGUUAGAAAUUUUCACUUAUCUUGAUUAGUAAAGGGUAAGAGUCUAGUAAAGCCAGUAGUUCGGGGUUUGAUCCUUGGCACAGGCAAUGAAAUAAGUUAUGUCUCUGUAAUUCAUGUUUGAUAGCAAGCAGGCAGGGAAUCCCUAACUCAUGAGUCUACGCCAAAUAGGAAGUGGGAGGGCAAAGAGGAAAUACUUGGAUUAAUGAGUCGGGGAAUCCCUAACUCGUAAAUCCAUGUUUAAUAGCAAGCAGGCAAACAGACAGGGAAUCCCUAACUCAUAAAUCCAUGUUUAAUAGCAAGCAGGCAAACAGACAGGGAAUCCCUAACUCAUAAAUCCAUGUUUAAUAGCAAACAGACAGGGAAUCCCUAACUCAUAAAUCCAAGUUUAAUAACAAGCAGACAGGGAGUUCCUAACUCCUGAAUCCAUGCCAAAUCACUGGCAGGCAGGCAGUGAUAUUCCUAAUUGUGUGAAACCUCUCUAAUAAAUGCAGUCAGGCUGGCUGACCUGUUGUGGAAAGCACUCUGUCAGCCAGGAAAAUGUUUUAAUUUACAAUAAAUGGAUUAUAUAUUCUUAGCCAUAUUACUGCUGCCACAGCUAUUGUCUCCUAUAGUAGUUAUGGAAAGUCCAGAAAGAAUACAUUGGGAAUUUCAAAAAAGAUGAUUAUAGUAAAAUAUGAACUUCCUCAUUCAGCUAAGUUGUUCUUACUCCUCAGUGAGGGCCUUAAUGAUAGAGUCGUUAUGUAUCUCAAAACUGAUAUAUAUCUUGUGUUUGUUAAAUAAAAUGGCUUGAAAAAAGAAAUGUUGGGGCUUGCAACGUCACAUUGUACAUAACAUAUUUUUGAUUAACUGUGAUUUUUAAAAACUUGUACAAACAGAAGUAAAAAUUUCCAGGCAAUGUGAUGGGAGUCUAUUGUCGAGUGUGUUUUGUACAGUUAAAUUGUUUUCUUUUUGGAACACCUAUAUUUAGAUCAUAUUUCUGGGAACUGUAAACAUGCUUUUGCCUGCAAGCUCCACUUUUAAUGUGUACAGAAAUGGAAAGAGACAUAGUCUAUAAAUGUGAUUGUGGUGUGUGUAAAUUGCAUGUAUCACAUAUCUCCAAAUAAA